AUUGAGGAGCGAGGAGCAGACAGACGAGCUGACACAUUGACCCGCUGCUUUGAGAGGAGGGGAUCACGCAAAGCAGUCACUGUGCUUGGAAAGAUUUCAUUCAGUACUUGGACAGCUCCUGAGCAACCAGCCGGGCCGAGUGUUUCCAUGAGUGUGUAGACAAUAUUGUUUUUGGUUCGGAGACUAAGACACCACAGAUGGAGCCCCCGUGUUCGCUCCAACUCGGCCCCUGUGGCCCCUCUCCAUCCCUUGGAUCGCAGAGCAUCACUGCCGGCUUCGAGCAGCUGGAGGAAAAGCAGCUCUUUGAGAAGUUUUGGAGGGGGACUUUCAAGGCUGUGGCCACCCCGAGAGCGGAGAGCGUCAUUGUGGCCAGCAUCACCGCACACAGGAGGGUGACCAACUUGGAGACAGCCGCCUGCCAGCCGCUCAAGACUGAUGAGAGGAAAGCUGUGGACACCAGGGUGGACAGCUCGGACAGAAAUGGCUGCAUCAAAGGGAAAGGACGCAAACACCACAGUCAUCGCAGGGCCCGGAGCCCCUCCUUUGAUGAGGAGCUCUCCCCUCGGCCCAAGGGGAAGAAGAAAAAGCGAAAGUCCGAGCGUAAGAGGAAAAGGAAAAGGUCUCCUUCCUACAGCCUGUCCCCGCUGAGGAAGAAGAAAAAGAAGAAGAAGAAGAGCUCCAAGAAAAGCAAACGGCAUAGGUAUACCUCCAAAAAGUCAAAGCACAGCUCUUCAAGUUUAAAACAUAAGAGGAAGGAUGAGCGCAAGCACAAGAAAAGUUCACGGACUCGGCGGAGGCGACGCUAUCGGAGGUCAGAGUCGGACAGUUCUUCUUACCGAUCGUCCGCAGAGGACAGACACUACCUGCAGAGAUCUGUUGUUCAUCACACAUUAGGAGACCUGGCAGCUGUAGUAGAGGAAAACAACGGAAUGCUUGACCAUACCGACCUGAAGUGGAGACCCGCCACCAAAUCAGUGUGUAAAACGGCUCCAAAAUAUCGCUCCAUCCUCUCCACCGCCACCAUUUUGUCACCAAAACCUGGAAACGAGCUUUUACACGGAAAAGAGUCUCAGCAUUUAUCGGGCCAGACCAAAGCUCCACACGAUUACGAUUCUGGGAAUGACACGUCUUCGCCUCCGUCAAGCAAAACUGGUGUUUUUCAGGCGAUUGUCACUGACAACAAGAGGAACCACUGUAAACGCCUGGCCUCGCCAGAGAAGCUGAAGUUCACUGACAGAGACAAUGCCUCUGAUUCAGGAAACUCUGUGACAAGCUACGCUUCCCUGUGCAAACCUUACAGAGAGGACAGCUUGUCUGCAACGCUUUUCAGUGGAAACGGCAAGAGAGAGCAAAUAACCUUGGGGUGCCGGGUAGAUGUUGUGAGAUCUCCAAAGACCUCCCACUGCUCUCGAAGGGCGAGGAAGUCGUCUCGAAGGCGACUGAAGGCCCGAUUAUCCAGCAGCAGGAGUAGGAGCAGAUCCUCAGGAAGUUCCAGAUAUUCCGGACGCUAUUCCCGAAGCCUGUCACGGUCAUCAUGCAGCUCAUACUCGCGCUCCCCGAGUCAUUCAGCUGAUCUGAGGCGGCGAGGCAGCGUGGCCAGCCUGAGCUCCAGAGGAAGCCACUCCAGAUACAGUGCUGACAGAUUACGAGAAAGAAAGAGAACUCAUAGCUCCAGAGAUGCAGAUGUGAAGCAUGCACAAAAGGUUAGUGGGAAGAGACAAAGACGCAAAUCCUACUCUCCUAUGAAGAAGAGGAGAAGAGACUCACCGAGCCAUCUGGAAGCACGCCGGAUCACAAGUGCCAGGAAGCGGCCCAUCCCUUAUUUCCGCCCCAGUCCUUCUUCAAGCAGUCGGUCCACCAGCGUGUCGUCCUGGAGCAGCCUCUUCACCCGCAGCCGCAGCCGCAGUCCGAUACUCAGCCUCAGCAGGAGCAGGAGCCGGAGCCGGAGACACAGUUACUCCUCUUACAGGAGCUACAGCCGCAGUUCAUCCUGGAACUCCAUCUUUGGGAGUCGCAGCCGGAGUCGGAGUCGCUGUUCGUUACACAAACGCAACAAAACAAGGCAUUAAGAUUUUAAGAGCAAGUUAAGGAAGCAAAGCACCAUUCUUGUUUCUAUUUCAGAGAGGACACUGGGUUGGAUUAACUGACUGUGUGCGUCUCUGUGCUGCGCUUCAACACUUGAGUGGAAAUGUCCCCACAGGGGUCCCACCCCGUCUUUUACUGAGGAAGGAGACUGAAUGUCUUUUUGUCCGUUUGUUUUGUUCCAGUACUGCAUUCUCCUGGAUUAGCACUCACAAUGGCCUGAGACUGUUCAUCUAUUAAAUACUUAACAAUAGAAACUGCACAUAACACAGAAACCGUGUUUAUGUAUUUGGUCAACACACAAUGUUGUUUUUUAUUUUAAUGUUCAAGCACUGCAUUAUUCUUUAAAAUAUAUGCUUUAAAAUGUUUAAUAUUUCUUUUUUAAAACGGGGCAUAUUAAGGCCUGAAGGUACCAACAAGGGUUGAAUUUACUUGAUAAACAUUUGUUUGGUGGCACAAUACUGAAUGUUGUAGACUUUUGUGCAGAGAAGUGAACUUUCGAGCUGUUUGAUCUGAGUGUUUCAGAGGAAUAGUCGUCGGAAAUAAGGAAAGGUUUAUUGCUCUGAUCUUUGCACUUCAAAAGGUGGAGAACAAACGCGUUUCCUGUGAAAAAUGACACAGCGAGGGUGGCCUGACGGCGAGCAAACUGCCUGUCAGCUCAAAUGUCAAAUUAAUUUAUCCUCUGAUCAAGUGGAACACAAUUGAAAUGUCAGUCCAUGUAAUACCACAGAGAGCGAUUGAAACAUUGUGCUGCAACAGGAACACAUAUUUAUUUUGAACAAUUCUUCAAGUGUCAGAGGAGGCAUUUGUUUUGAAAGAAUAUGAAUACUUUAAAGGUGAAUAUAUUGGACUAUACUAUAAUAAUUAACUUAUGAUGGCAUUUAUUCUCAAUUUACUUGAAUAUUGUUUUUUUUG